CCAGCGGACCCGUCUGCCCGCGCGCCGGCCGUGCGCUCCGGGUGUUCGCCCGCCAGCCCCACCGACAGGCAGCCCGACCCCGUCCCGACCCUGCCCGCCCUCCGGACCCUGGCCGCUCCGAUUGGAGACCAGAGCAAAAUGAUGCUUCAACACCCAGGCCAGGUCUCUGCCUCGGAAGUCAGUGCCUCUGCCAUCGUCCCCUGCCUGUCCCCUCCUGGGUCACUGGUGUUUGAGGAUUUUGCUAACCUGACACCCUUUGUCAAGGAAGAGCUGAGGUUUGCCAUCCAGAACAAGCACCUCUGCCACCGGAUGUCCUCUGCACUGGAGUCGGUCACUGUCAGCAGCAGACCCUUUGAGAUGGCAGUCACGAAAGCCCAGGUAGCCCCUGAAGAAGAUGAAAGGAAAAAGAGGCGACGGGAAAGAAAUAAGAUUGCAGCCGCCAAGUGCCGAAACAAGAAGAAGGAGAAGACAGAGUGUCUGCAGAAAGAGUCGGAGAAACUGGAGAGUGUAAAUGCUGAACUGAAGGCCCAAAUUGAGGAGCUCAAGAAUGAGAAGCAGCAUUUGAUAUACAUGCUUAACCUCCAUCGGCCCACGUGUAUUGUCCGGGCUCAGAAUGGGCGGACUCCAGAAGAUGAGAGAAACCUUUUUAUCCAACAGAUAAAAGAAGGAACAUUGCAGAGCUAAGCAGUUGUGGUUAUGGGGGCAACUGGGGACUCCUCAUUGCAUCCUCCUUUUACAUCCAAACCCCUGCAGCCAUUGAGAUCUGACUUCCUCUCAAAUCCCAGCAGCAAAGAACUGUGGAGGCAGGAUGGCUCGGUGACUCAGCUGGGCCUCUCCACUCUGCCCCAGAGCGGACUUCGGACCAGAGCAAGGGCAUUUUUUGCCUCAACUCCAGGAUUUAGGCCUUAACAUACCAGCCAUUCUUGGAUUCUCCGGAUGACCCCUGGUUAGUGUCCUGCCCACCUUUCAUCUGGAUUCUACAAAAAACAGGAACUCCCACCAUUAGGAUUCAUGCAGAAGGGUCUGUAUCUUGGGUGGGUGGGUGGGUGGGGCCACCUCCUCCCUUGCCACUCCCACAGUCACUAGUAGGGGACAUGGAGUGAGAAUGGCUUUUAGCAAAGUUGUGCAAUGGCCAGGCUUGUGCUUCUAGCCAAUAUGCUGUUAUGUACAGGAAUUACUGUGUGCAAGGCGUUUGUUUCAUAACUAAGCAUUGUGCUCUCCUGAUGUGUGCUCUGACAACACUGGUGUGACUUGUUCGAGACUUUUCUCAGAUCUAGCGUCUGAGAGUUUGAGGGACUACUAUCAUGUGGAGUGUCUUACAAAAUGUUCAGGUGGCUGGCAGAGCUUGUCAGCCCAGGAGAACAGAAUUUUGCCAGCCAGCAGUGCCAUUUUGUGCCAAGAGAGCAGGCCUCCUUUCCCUUUGCACUCAGGCAUUAGUGCAAAAUUCCUGGGCAAGACUGCAGGCCCUCUGUCCCAGGAAGAAAGCAGAAAGUCCGCCUUCCAAAGGUUAGGACUCUGCUCAGUGGUUUAGGUCAGGAGUUAUUCCUAGGCCAGUAAGAGCCAAAGAAUAUUCCAUUUUCCUUUACUUGCAGUUGAAAACCACAUUCAGUAGAGGUGCGUUUGAAGCUAGGUGAUGCCUAGGCGUUCGCAUUAUUGGAUGUGAAUGGCAUUGUUUUUGUCAUGCAGAUGUUUAUAGAAAUCUGGCCCAGAGCAUGUACAGCUGUGAGAGGUCAUUCACACUGGCCACGAGAACUCUGGUCUGUUUAAAUUCUGAUGUUUCUGUGAAAUUCUCAGAGUGUUUAAUCCUACUCAAUAGUAUCAUUACAAUUUUCUGUAAGAAAAAAUAUAUUACUUAUUUAUCCUAGUAUUCCUGUCAAUAUAAUAAAUAUUGAAACAAAUAUAUGGUAAACUUAA